AUGGAAUUCACUGCAGAAUGUGCGGCCGGUGAAUGGGGUCCGGAUUGCGCGUUAUGUUGUCGUUGUGCAAGCGGUACAUGCAGCGCGAGUAAUGGAGAAUGCGCCGGUGGCAAGUGCGCCGAAUGCUGGACAGGACCACCAACUUGCCAACAGAUGAAGGAAGAGUGUGACGUGGCAGUACAGGAACAGUGCGCUCACAAUGCCAUAUCGUUCACGGACUACGAUCGCUGUGGGCAGCCGAUCCAAAGAUGCCAGUGUCUGACCGGCUUUAAAGGCGAUGGACGCACCAAAUGUGACGGAAUCGCGCCCUGA